AGUAAUAACAAUAGUAACAGUAGCAGCAGUAACAGCAGAUUGGGUUUUUUGGGGGCAGGAGUUUUUCCAUAUCCUGUGUGAGGGUUCAAGGACAGAGGCAUGUUGUAUGUUGUAAAGCCCUCUGAGGUAAAUUGUGAUUGUGAUAUUGGGGUGCAUAAAUAUAAUUGAAAAUUGAUGGUGGUAGCAGGGGUCGCGUUAACCGGAUAUUCUCUGUCAUUGACCGGUUUUUUACAACAAUGACCGGAAAAUCAGAAGGCCGUCGGUCAUUUUGACCGGUGUGAAUUACCACCCCUGCCCACAUGGCGGCGGAGUGCACAGCCAGUGGCUACCGUUUUCACACUGCACAGAAAAAGUCACUCAUCUGCUUCAUGUAGCGUUGUUGAGCCCUGGACACACCAGACGCGUAGUGCCGCGGAAGUUGACUGUCCACACAGGCAGCGCAUUUCUCCUGCGCUCUCCGCGCCGGUUAAACAUCGACUCCACUCGUCUGUUCCCGUCAGUACUCGUUUUUUGACUUCAACAGGUCAUUUUAAACAUGGAUUCUGGGAGUGUGGCUCACAUAUCGCUAUAGGAACCAGAAGGACCCCCGAGCCAACCCCAGUGCUUUCCUGUGAGACAGCACCAGCUUCAGCCCUUCUCACCUCUCCACCUCUAUGGACUUUCUCUGGGCCUUAACUGUAAAUACAACACUGACUUAAGUGUUUCCACUGACAGCUGCAGCCAUGCUGUUAUUAUGAUGUGCUUGGUUUUUCAAGAGUGAAGUGUGUUCUGAAAACAAGUGGUUAUGUUUGAAGGAAGAACACAUCUGUUGCCUCUAGUGUGACAGCUCUGCAUAAGAAAAGUGUAUGAACACAUACAGUUAGUACACUGAGCACUUGUGUGUAUAAAAAGAGGCAAUAUUAUCUACAGCAGUCUGCUGUAUAUUCCAGAAGUAUUUAUGCAGCCUGCCUGAUGUUGACCCUGAACACUGUUUUAUUCCUUUGGUUGUUGUUUCUUUGUCAGCCCCAUUGAAUGCAACGAUGUCAACUGCUACUCUGCAUAUUGAUAUGUCUACAUUAUUUUGAAAGUAUGAAUACUGUGUGAGAAUGUGUGUGUGUGUGUGUGUGUGUGUGUGUGUGUGUGUGUGUGUGUGUGUGUGACUCUACUGCAGAUAUGAGCUACUGUAUGAGAGCUACUGUUUUGAUUGUGUAAACCACCUGUCUGAGCCUUUGUACUGUAAACCACAAUAAAACACUGAUGGAAGAGGGAUCUGGACUUACUAACAGCACUGUGGCAGGAGGUAAGAAAAGGUAGAGAGGAAUACCCCAAAGCAAGGGUAACUGUAUCAUCUCUAUUACCCAAAACUGACGCUUCUCAACACAAUUAACACAAUCAGUGCUGAGAUUAUAAAGAAAUGUAAUCAGCUGCUGAAUGUCCAUGUAAUUUUCACUACUUCUGAUGCACGUGUCAAAUUUUGUGAGUUUCAAAUUUGGUAGGCACAUGAAAUCUCCAGACCAGCGCCUACCGAAAGACUCUUGGCACCAUGCCCUGUACCUAACAGGAAGUUAGCCAUUUUGAAUCAAUUUACAUUUGAAGUGCAUCUUUUUAUGCCUUAGCCGUAGCCAUAUUUUCAGGUUGUCCGUCCAUCCCUCUCUCAUGAACGCAAUAUCUCAAGAACACCUGAAGGGAAUUUCUUCAAAUUUGACACAAAUGUCCACUUGGACUGAGGAAUAAACUGAUUAGAAUUUGGUGGUCGGAGGUCAAAGGUCAAGGUCAGUCACAAAAUAUGUUUUUAGCCGUAACUCAAGAAUCCAUCCAUUUUUCAGCUUAUCUCAGGGCCGGGUUAUGUGGGUAGCAAGCCGAGCAAAGCACCCCAGACAUACCUCUCCCCAGCAACGCUUUCCAGCUCCUCCUGGGGGACACCAAGGCGUUCCCAGGCCAGACAAGAUGUGUAAUCCCUCCAGCGUGCUCUGGGUCUACCCUGGGGCCUCCUACCAGUGGGACGUGCCUGGGACACCUUCAGCGGGAGGCGCCCAGGAGGAUCCUAGUCAGAUGCCCGAACCACCUCAAAUGACCCCUUUCGACGCGAAGGAGCAGCGGCUCUACUCCGAGCUCCCUCCGGAUGUCCGAGCUCCUCACCCUAUCUCUAAGGCUGAGCCCAGCCACCCCAAUGACCCCUUUCGCCGCUCGUAUCCGCAAUCUCAUUCUUUCGGUCACUACCCAGAGCUCAUGACCAUAGGUGAGGGUUGGGACGUAGAUGGAAAGCUUCGCAUUCCAGCUCAGCUCCCUCUUUACCGCGACGGACCAGCACAGCGCCUGCAUCAUUGCAGAAGCCGCACCGACGCGCUUAUCCAUCUCACAGCCUGAGACAAGCCCUGCUUUCCCUUCCUGAGUCGGCUAACAGUCUGCCAGAACUUCCUUGAGGCCAACCGAAAGUCCUUCUCCAUAGCCUCCCCGAAUUCUUCCCACACCUGGGUUUUUGCUUCAGCAACCGCCACAGCUGCAGCCCUUCCGGACAACCAGUACCCAUCCACUGCUCCAGGGGACCCCUCAAUAAAUCAAUAAAUUUUAUUUAU